AGAAGGAAGAUGGCGGCGUCCUGAGAUUUCCUACAGAGGGAAGCGCAGUUGGCCAGUUUGGGCAUCAGUUUGGAAUUACUGAGCUGCAGCAGCCACGCAAAAAGGAGGGUGGGGGGCUGAGGGACAACACCGAAUCGCUUCUGAUAUCCUAGAUCCAGGCCCUGCCUGAAGAUGAACGUCCUCAAAGACAACAAAGACUUGGCCUGUUUUUACACAACCAAACACUCCUGGAGGGGGAAGUACAAACGUGUUUUCUCAGUGGGGACUCAUGGCAUCACCACAUACAAUCCCACCACGUUAGAAGUUACAAACCAGUGGCCUUAUGGAGACAUUUGCGGCAUUGCUCCGGUGGGUAAAGGUCAGGGCACGGAGUUUAACCUCACUUUCCGAAAAGGCAGCGGGAAGAAAUCGGAAACACUCAAGUUUUCCACAGAGCAUCGCACAGAGCUGCUAACAGAAGCACUGAGGUUCAGAACAGAUUUCUCUGAGGGAAAAAUUACUGGAAGACGCUACAAUUGCUAUAAGCAUCACUGGAGCGACACGCGGAAGGCGGUUUGUUUAGAGGUCACACCGGGAGGGAUCGAUCAGAUUGACCCCCAAACCAACCGGGUGAUCUGUUCCUAUGACUACCGCUGCGUCGAGGGCUUCGCCGAGGUCUCCGAUUACCAAGGCGGCUUCUGCAUUCUUUACGGAGGCUUUGGUAGACUGCAUCUUUUUGCAUCAGAGCACCGUGAGGAGAUCAUCCGCAGUGCUACCGAGCAUGCCGGCAACUUCAUCGGGAUCACGCUGCGUCUGCGUAAGGAGGUGCUGACUUUCGAGGGCUUCCUCACCGAGCGCUUGGGAAAGUACGGCUCAGACGAGUGCAUCACCUCGCUGACAGAGUUUAUCGUGCAGAAGGUCACGCCACGUCACGCGGAGCCGGUGAAGAGGCUUCUGGCCCUCACAGAGACGUGUCUGGUGGAGAGAGACCCUGCCUCAUAUAAUAUAGUCACUGUUAAGCCCUUUGGAGAGGUGUUUGCUCUGAUCUGCGAUUCAGAAAAUCCUCAGGUGUUCACGAUCGAGUUCAUCCGAGGACAAAUACGCAAGUACUGCUCCACAGAAAGGGACUCUCUGCUGGCGAGUCUGCUGGACAGCGUGAGAGCGUCUGGGAACAGGGAUGUGUGUGUUAAAAUGGUCCCCACUCAGCGAGGGCAGAGGUGGGGUCUGCUCAGCAUGCCCGUGGAUGAGGAGGUGGAGAGCCUACACCUCAGAUUCCUCGCUGCCCCACCCAAUUGUAAUUUUGCAGAUGCAGUGUUCAGAUUUAACGCCAACAUAUCUUACAGUGGAGUAUUACAUGCCGUCACUCAAGACGGUCUUUUCUCAGAGAACAAAGAGAAACUGAUCAACAAUGCCAUCCUGGCUCUCUUAUUUCAAGAUGCUGAGCUUCCAGGCCCAAACUCUGAGCUGGAGGCUCAUUUUCAGGCCAUCAGACGGCUGGUGGCCUCCAAAGCUGGAUUCCAGGCCUUCACACAGCUUCCAAAGUUUAGGGAGAAGCUGGGCGUAAAAACCGUCAAAGCACUCAAGAGAAACAACAACGGUGUGAUACACGCAGCAAUAGACAUGCUCUGUGCUUUGAUGUGUCCGAUGCAUGAUGACUAUGACCUGCGGCAGGAGCAACUGAACAAAGCCUCUCUCCUUUCCUCCAAGAAGUUUCUGGAGAACCUCCUGGAGAAGUUCAUCAGUAAUGUGGAUCACGGCUCAGGAGCUUUAGUGAUCAGCUCGCUGCUGGACUUCUUGACCUUUGCCCUCUGCGCCCCCUACAGCGAGACGACUGAGAGUCAACAGUUUGACAUGCUGCUGGAGAUGGUGGCGUCUAAUGGACGGACCCUCUUUAAGCUCUUCCAGCAUCCCUCCAUGGCCAUUGUUAAAGGAGCAGGUCUGAUCAUGAAGGCCAUCAUUGAGGAGGGAGAUAAGGAAAUAGCCACUAAGAUGCAGGAGCUGGCUCUAAGUGAAGGAACUUUACCCAGACACCUCCACACAUCGAUGUUCACCAUCAGCUCUGACCAGAGGAUGCUCACCAACAGACAGUUGAGUCGUCAUCUAGUGGGUUUGUGGACGGCGGAAAACCCCACCGCCUUAAACUUGCUCAAGAGAAUACUGCCCACCGGUCUAUUAGCAUACUUGGACAGCUCUGACCCAGUGCCAGAGAAGGACGUAGACAGGAUGCACAUACGUGACAAUGUCAAAAUUGCCACGGACCAGUUUGGAAGAAAUAAAGUGCCGGAGUGGCAGCGUAUAGCUGGAAAAGCUGCGAAAGAGGUGGAGAAGUUCGCUAAAGAGAAGGCAGAUAUAGUGUUCAUGCACUGGAGAGACAAAAUGGGCAUCGCUCAGAAAGAGCAGGACAGGAAUAACCUGAAUGCAAACCAAAAACCUGUCAUUCUGAGGAAGAGACGUCAGAGGAUCAAGAUCGAGGCCAACUGGGAGCUUUUUUACUACAAGUUUCAGAUCGAUCAUGCUCGCUCUAAUCUCAUCUGGAAUCUGAAGACCAGAGAGGAGCUGAGAGACGCUCUGGAGGGAGAGAUGCGCUCCUUCAGCGUGGACCGCGAGCUGGGCAGUGCUACCGUCAUCUCCUGGAACCACCAAGAGUUUGAGGUGAAAUACGAGUGCCUUUCGGAUGAGAUUAAAAUAGGAGAUUAUUACCUGCGUCUUCUGCUGGAGGAAGAUGAAAAUGAAGAGUCUGGUGCCAUCAAGAGAUCGUAUGAGUUCUUUAAUGAACUGUACCACCGGUUUCUAUUGACACCCAAAGUAGCUAUGAAGUGUUUGUGUCUGCAAGCUCUUUCUAUAGUCUAUGGGAAGUGCUGUGAGGAGAUCGGACCUUUUACAGACACCAAGUAUAUCGUAGGCAUGUUGGAUCGGUGUACAGAUAAGCUUGAGAGAGACAGACUCAUUCUAUUCCUCAACAAACUCAUUUUGAACAAGAAAAACGUGAAGGAAAUCCUGGACUCAAACGGAGUGCGUAUAUUAGUGGAUCUGCUGACCCUCGCGCACCUUCACACCAACAGAGCCACUGUACCACUACAGAGUAACGUGUUAGAGGCUGCGCCAGACAUGAAGAGAGAGAGCGAAAAGGAAUGGUACUUUGGUAACGCAGAUAAAGAACGGAGAGGACCUUACAGCUAUGAGGAGAUGCAAGAAUUCUGGAACUCGGGUACGCUGACGGCCAAGACGCGCUGCUGGGCUCAGGGAAUGGACGGUUGGCGCCCCCUGCAGGCCAUCCCUCAGCUGAAGUGGUGUCUGUUGGCCAGCGGACAGGCCGUGAUGAACGAGACUGACCUGGCCACUCUCAUCCUUAACAUGCUUAUCACCAUGUGCUCCUACUUUCCCAGCAGGGACCAAGAUAAUGCCAUUAUCAGGCCUUUACCAAAGGUGAAGAGACUUAUAAGUGACAACACCUGCCUGCCUCACAUUGUUCAGCUGCUCUUGACCUUUGACCCUAUCCUGGUGGAGAAAGUAGCCAAUCUGUUGUACCUGGUGAUGCAGGAUAACCCUAACCUACAGCGGCUCUACCUCACGGGAGUUUUCUUCUUCAUUAUGAUGUACACUGGCUCCAAUGUUCUGCCUGUCGCACGCUUCUUGAAAUACACUCACCUGAAACAAGCCUUUAAAUCAGAGGAGGCUAAAGGUCUGGACAUUGUUCAGAGAAGUGUGUUAGGCCCGAUCAUGCCAGAAGCCAUGGUGUGUUACUUGGAGAAUUACGAGGCUGAGCGAUUUUCUGAGAUUUUCUUGGGAGAGUUUGACACGCCCGAAGCCAUCUGGAGCAGUGAAAUGAGACGCAUGAUGAUCGAGAAAAUCGCAGCUCACCUGGCAGACUUCAGUCCUCGUCUGCAGAGUAACACUCGUGCUCUGUAUCAGUACUGUCCCAUCCCUGUGGUGAACUUCCCUCAGCUGGAUAAUGAGCUCUUCUGCAACAUCUAUUACCUCAGACACCUGUGUGAUGCCAACCGCUUCCCCAACUGGCCCAUUCGAGACUCUGUGAAGCUGUUGAAGGACACUCUGGAUGCAUGGAAGAGAGAGGUGGAGAAAAAGCCCCCCUCUAUGUCUGUGGAUGAUGCUUAUGAGGUGUUGAAUCUCCCUAAAGGACAGGGCCAGCAUGAAGAGAGUAAAAUAAGGAAAGCGUAUUUUAGAUUGGCCCAAAAAUACCAUCCAGACAAAAAUCCAGAAGGCAGGGACAUGUUUGAGAAGGUGAAUAAGGCGUACGAGUUCCUGUGCACUAAAUUGGCACGUAUUGUGGAUGGCCCUGACCCUGAGAACAUCAUCUUAAUACUCAAAGCCCAGAGCAUCCUCUUCAACAGACACAAACAGGAAUUGGAACCUUAUAAGUAUGCUGGUUACCCCAUGCUCAUUAAGACCAUCACCAUGGAAACAGGCGACGAGCAGCUCUUCUCCAAAACCUCACCAUUGUUACCGGCAGCCACCGAACUGGCCUUCCAUACCGUCAACUGCUCCGCCCUCAACGCAGAGGAGCUCCGGAGAGAAAAUGGCAUUGAGAUACUGAUGGAGGCUUUGUCUCGAUGUGUGGCUAUUCUUAUGGCUUCUAGCAAACCUGAAGACAUGGCAGUACAGGUGUGCGGGCACAUCUGCAGGUGCUAUAGUGUAGCUGCUCAGUUUGAAGAAUGCAGAGAAAAAAUAGUUGCGCUUCCGAACAUUAUCAGAGAUGUUUGUCACAUUCUUUACUAUGGCAAGGGAUUGCCACGUUUAGCUUCACUGACUGUUCAGUGCGUGAGCUCCUUCGCCAUAGACUUCUUCCUCCAGACGCACUUGUACCACGCCGGUGUUCUGUGGCACCUACUAGUCAACCUCUUCAACUAUGACUACACUUUAGAAGAGAGCGGAGUCCAGGCCAACCAGGAGACCAACCAGCAGGAGGUGGCCAACUGUCUGGCUAAGCUCAGCCUGGUGGCCCUCGGGCGGCUCGCAGGUUACAUCUCAGCGGUCAGCCCGGAGGACGGGCCUGCCGGAGAAGCUAAUGGUGGAGGAGCAGCGAAUCACCCUCCAGAGAAUCCUUCCAUCAGGAAGAGUCUGGCAGCCAUGUUGACUCCAUACAUCUCACGGAAACUGGGCAGCAACUCGCCGGCUGAUGUUCUGAAGUUGCUAAACAGCAACUCGGAGAACCCAUAUUUGAUCUGGAACAAUGGAACCAGAGCGGAGCUAAUGGAGUUCUUGGAAGCACAGCAAGAAAGCAACAUCAAGAGAAGCGAGUGUGAUAAGAGUUUUGGAGCAGAGUUCUUAUUCAGUGAACAUGGGAAGGAGCUGAUCGUGGGAGAGAUCUUUGUUCGAGUUUACAACGAGCAGCCGACGUUUCCUCUGGAGUAUCCAAAAGCAUUCGCAUCGAGUCUGUUGGAUUACGUUGGCUCCCAGGCCCAGUACCUGCACACUUUGCUGGCUAUGACACAGACUAAUAAAGUAGAGUCCCAGCAACACGCUCAGAGACUACGCUGGGCUGAGAUGGCUCUCGAAGCUCUGCGAAACGUCAUCAAAAAUAACCCAGGCUCUGAGACGGAGUGCGUUGGCCAUUUUAAGCUGCUUUUCUCCCUGCUGAGAGUUCAUGGAGCCGGCAAAGUUCAGCAACUUGCUUUAGAGGUUGUGAAUACUGUCACAUCAAAUCUGGACUGUGUUAUCAACAUCGCUGAAUCUCUGGUUCUGCCCAAUCUGCUGGUGCUGCUACACUCUUUACCAUCCAGCAGACAGCUGGUGCUGGAGACACUGUAUGCACUGACAUCCAAUACUAAGAUUGUUACAGAGGCCAUGAACAAAGGUGCAUUAAUCUACCUGUUGGAUCUAUUCUGUAACUCCACCCAUCCUCAGGUGCGCACCCAGACGGCAGAGCUUUUCUCCAAAAUGACUUCAGACAAGCUGGUGGGACCAAAGGUCCGUUUGACCCUGAUGCGUUUCCUGCCAGGCGUUUUCAUGGACGCCAUGCGGGAUAACCCAGAGGCCGCUGUGCACAUCUUCGAAGGAACACACGAGAAUCCCGAACUCAUCUGGAACGACAGCUCGAGAGAAACCGUCUCCACGACUGUCAGAGAAAUGAUGCUCGAGCAUUUCAAGCUGCAGAAGGAUAAUCCAGAUGUUAACUGGAAGUUGCCUGAAGACUUCUCAGUGCCGUAUGGAGCAGGUCAGGGAGAGCUGGAGGUUGGUGGAGUGUUUCUACGGAUCUUCAUCGCUCAGCCAGGAUGGGUGCUGCGCAAACCCAGAGAGUUCCUGGUGUCAUUACUAGAUACUCUCACCACACUUAUGGAGAAAAACAAUCCAAAUGGUGAGGCGCUGGAGACGGUUACCACGGCAGCAGUGUGCCUCUUUGGUACCCAGACCCAGCUGGCUGACCAAGUCCCUCCUCUCGGGCAUCUUCCACGUGUCAUAUCGGCGCUCAACCACAAAAACAACGCUGUGCCCAAAAGUGCCAUCAAACUCCUACACAUACUCUCAGACAAUGAGUUGUGCGUGCGGUCCAUGGCUGCUUUAGACGUCAUCGGUCCGUUGAUCACCGGGAUGAAGAUGAGAGCUGAUAUGGCAGGACUGGCCUGUGAGGCUCUUAACCGUAUGUUCCAGCGAGAGCAGACUGAACUGGUCGCACAGGCUCUCAGAGUAGACCUGGUGCCGUACCUCUUGAAACUGUUGGAGGGAAUAGGGUUGGAGACUCUUGAAAACCCCUCAGCAACCAAAGCUCAGAUCGUCAAAGCCCUUAAAUCCAUGACCCACAGUCUACAGUAUGGAGAACAGGUAAAUGAAAUCCUCUCUCGUUCCACCGUGUGGAGUGCCUUCAAAGACCAGAAACACGACCUCUUCAUCUCCGACUCCCAAACUGCAGGCUACCUGACGGGUUCAGGCGUGGCAGGUUAUCUAACAGCAGGCACCGGCUCCACGGUAAUGCCAAGUGUCCCACCACCCGUAGACAAUGACAUCGGAGACCUGGGAUGAAUCGGACAAAUAAAACAUCAGACUAACCCAGACACAGAUGAACCUGCUUCUCUGGAGUGGUGGCAUCCCUGAAAAAGAAGAGAAGAUGAACUAAAAGAUGGAAAGGAAAUAGCGGAGAAGGAUAAACGUUUCCGCAAUAUGCUGCCACCAAACUAUGAAAAUGUCCAGCACCCUCAACACAGCACUCGUGGUCUUUAGUGAUUCCUUCAUUUUAAUACUCAACCCUUCCUCCCUAAAUUCAUUUUAUUUUCAGUUGCACCUCAAACUUGAUUUCUUUCCAAGGAGAGUAAAAUAGUUUACUUUUGUAUGGAGAUAUUUGAUGCUUUUCUGAAUGCCUGACAUGUUGGCUCUGAUACGUUGUCUCUUUCCCUCGUCUGCCUGUAUCUCACAUUCAUGACCAGCCUCUGUUUGUCUUCAUCCUGUGAAUAAAUCGCAGCCCCCCCACACAAUCAUAAUUCCCCGUUUUUGUGUUUGUUAUGUAUUCUGAAGAACUCAAAGUGUGCUUAUGAACAGAUAGAAACUUGAUAAGGAACCUGUGAUUAUUUGUCAUAUGAAUACACGUGCACAUGUGAGUACCGCACUGGAUGCAAUCUGACCAUGUUUUCCUUAUCUGUCUUCUGUCUGUAAGACCCCAAUAUAAUUCCCCCCCAGCACUCCGGAAUGAUCAUUUUUCCUUACCUUCCCAGAAAGCACUAGACUAUUUAUUCCUAGUUGAAUAAAGACCAACCGAAGAUGAGCGUUAAAAGGACAAAUUGUACCGACUCUGAUUACCAAUGUAUGUGAAAGACUAGUGCAAUUGUGAAAUGUUAAAUGAAAUAUGACGUACAUAAACUUUCUAUAUUGAAUGUACAUUAUUGAAAAAAGAAAUCAGUUGCACUUGUACAUAACAUUUUAAAAAUAAAAGGGAAUC